UUAAAAAUUUACUCAAAUUUAAUUACAAAACUAACUCAAUGAGCUUCCCUGUGAUUGCGACGUCAUCUGGAGUUCCCCGAAGUGAUAGCCAAGCAGGAGAGAAGAAAGGUGUUUACCUCCAAUAUGAAGUUAAGCCAGGCUUCACCAUUCGUAGACGUCAUAAUAUUGAUCCUGCCAUGGAUCCUAAGAAGCUCAAACGGAUAAUUGCAAACCGUGUUUCCGCUCAAAAUUCAAGGUUGAAGAAGGUUAUAUAUCUAGAUUCUUUAGUGAAGCGAUCCAUGGAGCUUGAGAGACGGAGAAAGAAGUUGUGUUCCAAGAUAGAGAUAGCGAUUGAGGAGAAGCAAUAUCAAGAAAAUGAGCAAAAGAAGCUAAAUGAAAAUAUCUCUGCUCGACUUCAAGAUUGUAUCGACAAGGACGGUAUUACUGACGUGAAUAAAUCGGAGAUAGAGAUGUUGGAGAAGAACAUAGCUCUAAUUACCAAUCUUACUUAGUUGAUCUGAAAACACCUCUCAUAUUUCUUUGAUGCGGAUAAUUUUAAGUUGUUUAUUUUGGUCUCUUUUGUUGUUGUAAUUUCA